AUGCCGCCUGGCAUUGAUCAGCCUCAAUUUCCAACCCUAUUGUUUUAUGCCGGAUCGUGUCGCUACCCGUUCUCUCAUCAUCACACCGCAAAGAAUAACAAUAGGUCACAGACCAGCCGUUUUCUUUGCUGUGGUUGCAGAUCCUGGCAGCUUGUCCUGCCAAAUGCACGUACAGGGUUCCUGAAGCCCUGUACGAUGCAUCCCCCGCGGUAUCCACUACUGGGUUUGUUGCAUCGAUAUCCACGCAAAUCGAACGCAACUGUCUGCUCCACCGUCUCUAGCAGUUCUCUGUUCUCUUUUCCUCCAUUGCCCUCACCGCAAUGCGGCUCUUUGGGCGAGCAAUGCUUGCGUGGUUGCGGUAAACUUGCUGAAUAUCUUGCCAUGCCGUGCAAGAUUGCCUCUCAUUCUGAUCAUCUUUGGCCAAUAGGCCCACCACCCGGUAGUGGUACCUACAGCUUUUUCAUAGAGGACUGCGAGUAUCUCUGCGUCUACUGUCAACCUAUGUCCUUUUGCAAACAUCCUUCACCUUUUGCAUUGAAAAAACAUGUACAGGGAGUUCACCUAUCGAAAGGGCAGUAUCCAGGGAUCAAGGUAACGUUACGCAAUGAAGGAACACUAGCACGUCUCAAGCCUCCCAGUCAGGUUCGAAAGCCCAACACUAUCAGCAUACCACACACCCUGAAGGCUGCGCAUGUUUAUGUACCAGUGGAUGCAGGUCUCCCGGCAUCGCAGCGCCUAGCCGUCUUGCAUACUCUACUCCAGAUCAAACCUGUAUACCACACUCUGUUUCAAGCGCUCGCCACUCGACAUCUGUUCAGCAAGUACGAUCUCUCACAGCUCUAUUCAGGGCCGCAGACUGAGCUUCGAAACCCACUUGCGCCUCCGGCGGUGUCCUUCCUGCAUGCGUACGGGGACAGACUCUGGCCAGCGGAAUCAACCCUCAGAUCACAUUUGUUCRAUGUGACCCUCAGCAGCCAACCAGGAAACUUCUGGGCGUUUAAAUAUGGAUGCUUUGGGCCAGAUUUCAAGGUGGAUUCGGCGCCAAAUCCAAGUGCUGUGGCUUGGUGGCGCCAUAAACUUGGAGGAGAGGUGUUGGACGCGGAGCAGUACAUUGGUCUAUCGAAGCUGGGAGCCGUUAUGCUGGUCUACUUCGCCGCGUUGGUUGAUGCUGAUGACGCUACUGCCACAUUCAGUACUGAGCCCGAAGGGGAGAUCCUGAAUAGGAUUCUGGGGACGAGAAAGCCGGUAGAUGUCGCGAUGCUGGAAUUCGAACGAGACUCCAGUCCUGAAGUUCCGCUGCGCAUUGCUGCCGCUCGGCGGAAGAGUAAUGAGGCGAGAACUUCCGCAGUCGUGGUGCUUCCUGCACUUCCUCACCAUAGGCCAAGCAGUUAUCCUGGAAAACCGUUCUGCAUUCUCGAAGGUUGCUAUCAUGGCAGGAAAGAUUGCGGAGUCAUGGUUGCCUGUGGGAAGGAGAACUGCCCCAUUGAGUGGUUCCAUCCGGAAUGCGUCGGUCUGCAUGGCAAAGAGUUGAAGGAAUUGGAAUGGAUAUGCUUGGGGUGUAGAGAAGCACCAUCCAUACAUCUGUCUACGGACGAGCAUCAUGGGAUGGGUUUCGGUUCCAGGAGGCAAAUCAAUCCUGAUGAGCUGAUGGAUACUGCGCGGGACUUUGCUACCGGCCACUCUGAUCAGGAGGCAUUGCUGCAGAAUCAGCGAGACUCGUUGGGGACGGCUGCAGAGUCCAGAAGAUCGUUGUUGUCGACUGAUUCUGCGUCUGGUGACUCUCCAGGGACUGACUUGCCAGCAGUUUCUGUCGAGUGCAGUCUGAUUCCAGCUUCGCGGGGUGUUGCCGGUCAAGUCGAGGUUGACUUGACAACUGAAGCCGCAGGUUCAACACCUCGUGCUUCUAACAGAGACACUAACGCCGCAGAAGAAGUCACAGCAGCCACCGUGCAUAAUAACGAUACUUCCAUCGACAUCAUGCAGCAAUCCACAUCGAACAACAGACGCUCAAAUCACGCGCAAGUACCUGCYCGCACUGUUCCACCUACCCACAUUCGAUUCGACGACGAAGCGGUUCCCGAGAACAAUGGCGAGGAGCCCACGGAUAUCGAGUCUGAUGUCCUCCUAGUACAGGCCUCGACCACCUCAGAUUCCCAGCUAAACGAUGAGGCUCAGCGCCAAAGACUCAUCGCAGGACACAUGCAUCAGCAGAGAGCACGAGGUCGAGGUCCUACUAGAUCGCACAGACCCAGAGGAAACACGCAAGCUGCCAGAACGAUCGUACGCGCGCCAUCUUUCGCCGUACACGCUGCGGGUGGUGCUGGUCGAGGCUCGCGGCGCGCAAACACGCCGCAAAGACCAGUGCAAUCAGCAUACCGCACGCUCCUUCCCGCACCAGUCCCUGCGCGCACGCCAUUUCCUACAUCAGUUGCGAUGACUGCAGCUCCAUGGCAGCAACAACCUUUCCGCCAGUAUGCCAUUCCACAGGGAGGGGAUUCGCAGCAGCCCAGCGCCCUCAUACCGCUUCCACCUCGCCCGGCAUCUGGGAGCUAUCCCAAUGGUCCUAACGUCGACCCAGCCGCCCAAUCGGACGAAACAACUGCGGAAGAAGAGUGUACUCCUGAGAUGAGGGCGUGGAUUGCGUGGUUUUUGGAGAUGACGGGCGGAAUGGGCGGGUUGCCUUUGAGUUGA